AGGCGCGCCGCGCUCGGUUUGAAGCGGGAGAGCAGGUAGGACGUUCCGUGUGUUCAGCUGGAGUAACGCCGGUUUCCCGCUGCAGCCCGGGCGGUUUCCAGAGGCAGCGCAGCGGACUGCUCGGCCAGCCCCUCGCUGCUGCCGCCGCCGUGUCUUUAACGCCAUAAAGUCCGUUUCGAUACGAACAGAGUUGAAGCUCGCGCUGUGUAAACGCUGCCUGGCCCUGGUUUUCCGUCUGGACCUCCUCCGGUGUUGUGGUCUUGUAGAUUACUGCUCCUCGCCAUGGCUCAGAGGCAUGACUUCCAGGACCUGGAGGAGACGGCGGAGGCUCUGGUGGCCUUCAUCAACAACAGCCAGCCAGAGCGGCUGAAGAGGGUGAGGAAGGAGCAGCAGGCGCUCGGCGACUGCCAGGCGGAGAGCGUGAAGACGGUGACUCAGAUCCUGAACGAUGUGGCUCGGGUGGAGGAGAACAUGAGCCAGAUGCUGCUGGACUCUGAGCAGAGGAGCAACGCCAGGGAGGAGGAGCUGCAGAGCCUGGAGGAGCAGCUGAGGCAGAGCCGGGCCAGGAGCCAGACCGCCGACUCGGAGCUGCAGCUCCUGCAGCGAGAGCUGGACCAUCUGAGGAGCACUGAGGCGGAGCUGGCGGCCCUUCAGAGCGAGGUGGACGAGGACACCACCGAGGUCAUCCCCUCUUCAGUGUACGUGGCCCAGCUGUACCACGUCAUAACCCGGAUCAAGUGGGAGUACGGCUCGGCCCCGGGGCUGCUGGAAGGAGUGCAUUAUGGGGCAGACCUGGCCACUCCCAUCAGCAUCGACACGUCGACUCGCUCUCGCUGGGACGUCAGCGACCAGCUGUGGGGCUUCGUGGGCCUCCAGUGAGGCGCUGCUGCUGGUCUGUCCGUGGUUCCUGUUUGAUAGAGUGUGAAAUAAAACUCUGCUCCUGCUGUC